ACCAAGACCGAGAGAGAGCGGGAUGCAGACAAGGGAGAGCAGAGGCAGCGCCCACACUCGCGCCCGCACUCCCAUCCGCCUCCCGCCAUGGCGUCAGGGGUGUCCACGAGCAUGGUGCACCGUGGGGACGAUGUGUCUCACAGGGAUCGCGGGAUCCAUCGCCUACAACUGGUCCAGGCCCGGCAUGAAGACCAGCGUCAAGCUCAUCCACGCCAGCGUGGCGCCGAUGAUGGACUGGACAGACAACCACUACAGGACGCUAGCGCGGCUAAUAUCGAGGCACGCCUGGUUAUACAUAGAGAUGGUAGUUGCCGAGACCAUUGUGCAUCAGAAAGAUAAGUUGGUGUGUUUUUUUUGGUCUUUCUUGGUCCGGUGCCAUUAAGCUUGAUUGCUUUGGGAUAACUGAUUUCAUUUAACCUGACUGAUAUUAUGAUUCAUGGGGAUUAGAAGAAUUUGCAUUGAUUAUACUAGUCAAGCUACAUCAAAUAUGGCAAUAGUAACAAAUGUACGAUAACUGUUUCGUGUGUACAAAUGUACAGUACAAUGACAUUUGCUUCCAAUAAGAAGUGAAACAUAUUUGAGAAGUGAGGCGGGGGGAUUCUUUGAGAGGCGUGCAAAUUAAUGCACUGGGGAAAUACCAUAUCAAACGCAGUUCUGCUGCAUGUUUCUUUCACUGGCGCCAUGGUACAACCCAUGUUAUGUCUGACUGUUAGCAUGAUAGCGGAUGAGGUAACAUGCCAAACUCCACGACCAUAGAAAUAGGGAACUCAUAUGAUAAUAAAAUCUGCUGAAAUCGGUUUACUUCGCUAGUGAUGUGAUGCAUGAGUUGUGUGCUAAUUUUGUCUGCAAGUUGAAAUCAGUUUAGCUCCAUCAGCAAUGCAUGUGGAGUUGUGGUUGUGGUUGGUACGGACUAACUAUUGAAGUAGUGGGUAGCUGUGGUGUGCCCUGCUGUUGGAAUGGUUCCGAUAACUUGUUAGCAUGUUCUAUUAGUUCCAGAGAAAAAGCGAAAUCCCAGCUACGCCUGCUUCAUGAUCCUCUGGUUCUGCUUGUACGUGCCUGCUGUCAUGUG